CUACGCAAAAGCCUCUGAGUUCCGGUUUCUGCAUCUCUUUCCUUCUUCUGCCAUUGAAGCUAGCUUCGAUUGGAAAUCAUGGCGGCCGUACCGAGAGGCCUCAUUUCUCGCAUCAAUCAUUUUCUAUCAAUCCGGUCCAUGACUCCUUCACCCUCGCAAUCUCUUCCCCAUUGUAGCCUCUUUCUCCUCCGACGAUUCAGCUCCGAUGCUGGGUUGGUCGGCGGUAGUGGAUCUGAUAUAAUCGAGGCUCCGACUCGAAUCAUCGAGGCGAAACCCGGUGAGAUGUCCCCGAGAUCCAGAAGGACCGGGAUCAUCGCCGUCAAGUGUGGGAUGACUGCGCUCUGGGACAAAUGGGGAGCUAGGGUUCCUGUUUCUAUUCUCUGGGUCGAUGACAACAUCGUCUCUCAGGUCAAAACUAUUGAGAAAGAAGGGAUUUUCGCGCUACAGAUUGGAUGUGGCCAUAAGAAACCGAAGCAUUUGACAAAGCCUGAGCUGGGCCAUUUCAGAGCUCAAGAUGUGCCGUUAAAGAGGAAAUUGAGAGAGUUUCCUGUGACAGAAGACGCUCUUCUUCCUGUUGGCACUUCACUCGGUGUCCGCCAUUUUGUUCCCGGACAGUAUGUUGACGUCACUGGGAUCACUCGAGGGAAAGGUUUUCAGGGAGUCAUGAAAAGAUGGAACUUCAAAGGAGGACCGGCUUCACAUGGUUGUUCAAAGGCCCAUCGAAAACCGGGUUCCACAGGUCAAAGAGAUGCUCCAGGAAAGGUGUUCAAGGGCAAAAAGAUGCCUGGGAGAAUGGGUGCAGAACAGAGAACAGUAAAGAACGUUUGGGUUUACAAGAUUGAUCCUGCGAGGAACCUCAUCUGGGUGAGAGGACAAGUUCCUGGUGCAGAAGGAAACUUUGUGUUCAUAAAAGAUGCGAAUUACAAGAAACCCGACAUCUCAAAGCUUCCUUUCCCAACUUACUUAGCCCCAGAAGACGAGGAUCCAUCAGAAUUAGAACCGUUGGUCGCAGAUCUCGGAGAAGUCGACCCAUUUAUGUUGGCAGAGUGAUGGAAACGACAUGAUCUCGAUCUUGAUUUUGGCUUUUUCAUGUUUUACGUGUGUGGAAGACAAGAAGCUGAGGAAGUGGAGAGUGACAGAGCCAAAGCUUUUUGCAGAUGAAAAUUGUCAUUUCUUAUUUAGUUGUUUGGAUGUAUGAAAUUGAAAACGAUGAAUAGAGAGGGAAUUUAGUCUCGCAUUUGUUGAAUCUCCGAUGCUAAAGAGUUUUGCAAUAAGCAAUGAAGGGACACAGAAUUUAUGUCUCAUCUUCUAAAUACU